AUGAAUAGAGAAAAGAUUUACAUGGAUGCCCUUGAAAAGACACAAGCAGAAUAUGACCAGGUGUUCCAGGAGGCAAAAGCUAAUGCUUAUCCGGAAGAGGCACCGCUUGAUGAUAAUGUCAACAGACUGAUUCCGACGGAUGGAGAGGCUCGCAGUGUAGAUGAUGCCCUUUCAGUACUCAGUGUGAAAGAACCAGAAAUUGAUAUGCAUCCGGAGAAGAGGGUCAAAGCUGCUUACCAAAAAUACGAAGACGAACGUUUACCACAGCUCAAAAAGGUGAACCCAAAUUUAAGACUUUCACAAUUAAAACAAAUGUUACGAAAAGAUUGGAUGAAGUCUCCAGAAAACCCUUUUAAUCAAAGGCUGAUGCAAUCGUAG